GAACCUUCCAUUGGGAGGAGAUGAAGAUAUUUGGAAGUUCAAAUUAAACCCCUGAUAACUCUAAUAUUAAGUAAGGCACUGAUAAGAUAAUACUGUACAGGUAUCAAGAAUAAAAUCCUUUUAAACAUUCAACUGUUGAGAAAAACCUCAAGUCACUUCUAGGUCAAAUGAAAAACCCGGGAGCUCUGGAUGGGAUCAAGCCUGUAGAUCCCAGUGACAAGGGCCCUGUGCGGGAAUCCAUCUGGUGGUAACCUCCAGACAGCAGAAUCUUGCUUUAUUAGCUUACACUUUUUACAGUCCUCCAUAAAGCUUUAGACAAUAAUUUUGGGCAAUUAAAGCAACAUCCUUCCAAACACCUUAGUUCUUACAGGCCUGGCUGGACACAGAGAUUAAUCCCUGCCUCAUCACCUCUCAAGGGUACAUGGAUAAUGGGUAAGAUUCAGCUUCUAUGUUUACAGGUGUUUCCAUGAAUUGGAAGUAAAUGGAUAAUAAUUUACCUGUUUAUUAACAGAUCUCUCUGUGUUUAGCACUAAGGACACAAAGACAGCUAUGACAAUAUGUUCUAUAUGGUCCCUACCCCCGAGGAGAUCAGAAGGUGGAAACAGCAAGUAAAUAAAUUACAAGCUAUGCAGUAUGAUGAUGAGGAGGAUGAAAUCCCCCAGAUUUGUGGCAAGAGGCAUGCUGGAUUGUAAUCAGCCAAGAUAUUUGCUGAAGUUUGAACAACUUUACCUCUCCAAGCCUAUAAGAGAUGGUGCUGCUUCACCAGUGUUGCCACGUGAAGCCAGAUUAAGAAAUCUCAUAAAGUCAUUAAAGAAGGUGAAGGAACAACUUCAGAUGCAGCAUCAGAAAACUUUUAUUGGUAAAGUUCCAGUUAUGUUGCAUUCAAUUUACUGUCUACUAAAUGGCUUAGCAGAUCAUGAUCUUUGUGAGUUAAAUGGAUGCCUCUUGGAUCCUGAUGGCUACUUCAUUAUUAAUGGAUCAGAAAAGGUUCUGAUUGCUCAAGAGAAAAUGGCAACAAACACAACCUUUGUGUUUGCCAAAAAGGAUUCUAAAUAUGCCUACACAGGAGAGUGUAGAUCAUGUCUGGAGAAUUCUUUUGACCCACCAUCUGGGUUAGCAUACUGGCAAGAGGAGGACAGCUUUUGAAGAACUCCUAAGAAGUAUGUUCAGUUGUGUUCUGGCACCUCUCCUAGCAGGCACACAGAGAACAUUUGGUACCAGCUCCGUAACUGACCACCCUAAUAAGUUUGCUGGAGAAAGGAAUUUGGAGCUACAUAACAAAAUGAGAGAAGAGGCCCUGAUUCCAUCCUCAGAUAUGUUUGCAGGGUUGGUGAUAUCUGCCCCACCCCCUGCCCCAGCCGAUUCCUGAGGAGCCAAUGCAAGUUCAGGGAUCAGAGAGAACUUCCCCUGAGCCUCAGCUGGAGAAUGCUUUCCCAGCCCUUGGAAUAACAGCAGUAGAGGCCGUGUCCCAAGGUCCACCUACUGCUCCUUGAGGGGGCUCCCGAGACAAGCAUGAUGGAGCUUCAGCUGAGACAGAACUUUGGGCAGCUACAGUCCCCCCAGAAUGGGUCGCUAUUAUCUAGCAGGACAUUCAGAGCCAGCAGAAAGUGAACCCACAGCCCCCACUGAAUGACAUCUACCUCAGUGAUAGGCUUGCCAAGAGAUGCAAGCUCCGGGCUGAUAUACAAAAGCCACUGCAGGAAGACCCUAACUAUGGCACCCCGCGCUUCCCUAAUGCUCACAGGACCUUUGCUGAUGAUCUCUACUCUUUGCUCCAUGGCCCUCCAUCAUCAGGGGACCAUUUUGCCCCUCUUCCUUCACAGAAUUUAGUAUUUAAGAAAUGAAAAGUCAGAUUUUCCUGGCUAAAA